UGUGCUGGUUCCCUGCUGUGUCCCCCAGCUUGGCAGGACCAGGUCCUCCCUGCGUGGUUGACCAACACUGGCUUAGGAGGCUCUUCCCUCUUCCAAGAAAAUGGGGACUGACAGUGAAAACCCAGUCCUGAGGAACGUGCUCAUCAGCUUCAACUUGCUUCUGCUGGGCGCCGUCCUCAAGCCAUUUGAGUGUCGGCUGGAGGUGACAACAGAGCCGGCCAAGAGGGCAGCAGUGGAUGAGGAGGGUGGCCUUGCCAACUGCAGCCCACCCAUUAAAGAGCAGCCCAUGGUCUUCCACCACAUCUACAACAUCAACAUCCCCCUGGACAGCUGCUGCUCAUCCAUGUUCAAGUCUUCAGCCGAGGAGGUGAGUUCAGAAGACGACCGGCUGGCGGAGUACGCAGAGCAGACCUCUGACAGCGAGAGCCAGGUCACCUUCACCCACAGGAUAAACUUGCCCAAGCAGGCCUGCAAGUGCUCCACCUCCCUCCCGUCCCUGCAGGAGCUGCUGAGCAGGAUUGAGAUGCUGGAGAGGGAGGUCUCCAUACUCCGGGACCAAUGCAACUCCAAUUGCUGCCAAGAAAAUGCAGCCACAGGGCAGCUGGAUUACACCCCGCAGUGCAGCGGCCACGGGAACUUCAGCAUGGAGUCCUGCAGCUGCGUGUGCAUGGAAGGCUGGGCGGGCACCAACUGCUCCGAGCCCCUCUGCCCUCGGGGCUGCUCCAGCCGCGGGGUCUGCCUGGAGGGCCAGUGCAUCUGCGACAACGACUACGGGGGCGAGGACUGCUCCCAGCUCCGUUGCCCGGCCGGCUGUGGGUCCCGGGGGCUCUGCGUGGACGGCGAAUGCGUCUGCGAGGAGGGUUUCGCCGGGGAGGAUUGUUCCCAGCUGCGGUGUCCCCGCGACUGCUCGGGGAAAGGCUACUGCGCCAACGGCACGUGCAUCUGCCAGGAGGGCUACGCCGGGGAGGACUGCAGGUGGCUGCACUGCCCCAACGCCUGCAGCGGCCGCGGGGUCUGCCAGGAUGGUCUCUGCGUCUGCGAGGAUGGCUACGAAGGGCAGGACUGCUCAGCAGUGGCUCCUCCCGAAAACCUGCGAGUGACGGGGAUCAGCGACAGCUCCAUCGAGCUGACAUGGGACAGCCCCGGGGCAGCCACCGAGUACGUCGUCUCCUACCAGCCAGCGGGGCCAGGAGGCACCCAGCUCCAGCAGCGGGUGCCUGGGGACUGGAGCAGCAUCACCAUCACAGAGCUGGAGCCAGGUGUUGCUUACAACAUCAGCAUCUACGCAGUCAUCAGCGACGUCUUGAGCAUCCCUGUUACCUCCAAAGUGAUGACCAACCUCGCCACGCCACAGGGGCUGAAGUUCAAGACCAUCACAGAGACAACAGCAGAGGUGCAGUGGGAGCCCUUCUCCUUCCCCUUCGACGGCUGGGAGAUCAGCUUUAUCCCCAAGAAUAACGAGGGCGGUGUGAUUGCCCAGCUCCCCAGCACCGUCACCACCUUCAACCAGACGGGGCUGAAGCCAGGGGAAGAGUACACCGUCACCGUGGUGGCCCUGAAGGAACAAGCCAGGAGCCCUCCCACCUCUGACAGCGUUUCAACCCUCAUUGACGGCCCCACACAGAUCCUGGUGCGGGAUGUCUCCGACACAGUGGCCUUCGUGGAGUGGACGCCGCCACGUGCCAAGGUGGAUGCCAUCCUGCUGAAGUACGGGCUGGCGGACGGGGAAGGGGGGAGGACCACCUUCCGCCUGCAGCCCCCCCUCAGCCAGUACUCCCUGCAGGCCCUUCGCCCCGGCGCCCGCUACCACCUCGCCGUCAGUGCCCUCCGGGGUGCCAACGAGAGCCAGCCAGCCCUCGCCCAGUUCACCACAGAGAUUGAUGCCCCCAAGAACCUACGGGUGGGCUCACGGACACCUGCCAGCCUCGAGCUCGCCUGGGACAACAGUGAGGCCGAGGCACACAGCUACAGGGUGGUCUACAGCACCCUGGCAGGAGAGCACUACCACGAAGUCCUGGUGCCACGGGACACUGGUCCCACCACCCGGGCCACUCUUGCAGAUCUGGUGCCAGGGACAGAGUAUGGCAUUGGGAUUUCGGCCGUGAUGGACAGCCAGCAGAGCGUGCCAGCAACCAUGAAUGCCAGGACUGAGCUCGACAGCCCCCGAGACCUCCUGGUUACAGCCUCGACAGAGACAUCCAUCUCACUCACCUGGACCAAAGCCACGGGUCCCAUUGACCACUAUCGCAUCACCUUCACCCCCGCCUCAGGGAUGGCCUCUGAAGUGACAGUACCCCGGGACAAGUCACAGCUCACCUUGUCGGAGCUGGAGCCUGGGACAGAGUACACUAUCUCCAUCAUUGCUGAGAGGGGACGCCAGCAGAGCCUGGAGGCCACCGUGGAUGCCUUCACAGGGGUUCGGCCCAUCACACAGCUCCACUUCUCCCAGCUGACAUCCUCCAGCGUGAACGUCACGUGGAGUGAUCCGUCCCCACCAGCAGACCGCCUCAUCCUCACCUACAGCCCCCGGGAUGAGGAGGAGGCACAGCAGCUCACGCUUGAUGGCACCUGCAGGCAUGCCAGCCUGACAGGCUUGCAGCCAUCCACUGAGUACCUGGUGUCAUUGGUGGCCGUGCACGGUGCCAUCAGCUCUGAGCCUGUUGUGGGCUCCAUCACGACAGGGAUCGAUGCACCAAAGGACCUCAGGGUGGGCAAUGUCACCCAGGAGUCCAUGAUCAUCUACUGGAGUCCUCCCAUCACCACCUUUGACCACUACAGAAUAUCCUACCGUGCUGCUGAAGGGAGGACAGACAGCACCGCCAUCACCAGCGAUGCCACUGAGUAUGCCCUCCGCCGCCUGCAGCCUGCCACCAAGUACGAGAUCGGGGUGAAGAGCGUGCGGGGCCGGGAGGAGAGCGAGGUGGCCUCCAUCACUGUGUACACAGCCAUGGACGCCCCCUUGGGAGUCACAGCCACCAACAUCACUCCCACCGAGGCGCUGCUGCAGUGGAACCCACCACUGUCAGAUGUGGAGAGCUACGUCGUCGUCCUCACCCGCCGCGCAGUUGCAGGAGAAACAAUUCUUGUAGAUGGAGUCAACCAGGAGUACCAGCUGACCAACCUCCUUCCCAGUACCACCUACACAGUCUCUAUGUACGCCACCAAUGGGCCUAUCACCAGCCAGACCAUCAGCACCAACUUUACAACCCUUUUGGAUCCUCCAACAAAUCUGACAGCCAGUGAAGUCACUCGACGGAGCGCCCUGCUCUCCUGGGUACCUCCCCUGGGAGAGAUCGAGAACUACGUCAUGACCUACAGAUCCACCGACGGCAGCCGGAAGGAGCUGAUUGUGGAUGCCGAGGACACGUGGAUCCGCCUGGAGGGGCUUUCUGAGACCACAGAGUACACCGUGCGCCUGCAAGCUGCCCAAAACACCAUGCGGAGCGGCUUCAUUUCCACCACCUUCACCACAGGUGGCCGUGUCUUUGCUAACCCUCAGGACUGUGCCCAGCACUUGAUGAACGGAGACACGCUGAGCGGUGUCUAUACCAUCUCCAUCAACGGGGACCUCGGCCAGCGAGUGCAGGUGUACUGUGACAUGACCACUGAUGGAGGAGGCUGGAUUGUCUUCCAGAGGCGGCAGAACGGGCUGACUGAUUUCUUCCGGAAAUGGACAGAUUACCGGAUUGGCUUCGGAAACUUGGAAGACGAGUUUUGGUUGGGCUUGGACAACAUCCACAAGAUUACGUCCCAAGGGCGCUACGAGUUGCGAAUAGACAUGAGGGACGGGCAGGAAACAGCGUACGCCUACUAUGACAAGUUCUCCAUUGGUGACUCCCGGAGCUUGUACAAGCUGAGAAUCGGGGACUACAAUGGCACUUCAGGGGACUCCCUCAGCUAUCACCAGGGCCGCCCCUUCUCCACCAAGGACAGGGACAACGAUGUUGCUGUGACCAACUGCGCCAUGUCCUAUAAAGGGGCCUGGUGGUACAAGAACUGCCACCGCACCAACCUCAACGGCAAGUACGGAGAGUCCCGGCACAGUCAGGGGAUUAACUGGUACCAUUGGAAAGGCCACGAGUUCUCCAUCCCCUUCGUAGAAAUGAAGAUGCGACCUUACAACCACCGUAACAUCUCUGGGAGGAAGCGACGGUCCCUACAGCUCUGAGCCAGCUGAACCCCCUCCCAUCUUUCGCCACCUGACCUUUUCUGUCAUUUGUUUGUAUUUUAUAAUAUGAAAAGGGAAAAAAAAAAUAUUACUACUCGUCUGAGAUAGCAACCUGCCCCUCACGAGUGCUGGAGGGAACCAUGGCACAACAAAGGCCAUGGGAAAGGAAAGACCUUAUUGCUUUGCAUCUGUCCCAGAGAAAUACCAAAUUUCCAGUCUCCCUACCCCAAUACUCUGGCCCUUAACACAAGGAGAAAGAGAGAGAAAGAGACAGACAGAUUUUUGAUAUUUUUUUAAAAGACUUAGAAAUCUCCAGCAAACCCUGUUAGAAAUGUUUGUCACAAGGCUCAUGGCAGAAACCUUCCCCACUGGGGCCUUGGAGCAGUCAUUUUCACUCAGUCAUGGCCAGGGACACCUGUCCUCUCCUGUCAGGGAGGUCUCAAGCUUCAUACCAUCCUGUAGACACCAACUCUUUCAGCAGGCAGAACAGUUUCUCCUUCUGGCCAAGGGCACACAGCCUGGUCAUCCCUCCCCUAAGUGCAGGCAACCAUACACAUGGAGACAAAACGAGGAUGAGCAAACCCAAGGCUCAUCCCACCUCCAGUUUUCACAGAUCACACCAGGAGGGCUUGGUGAACAUCUGCAUGUGUAGGCAAACUCUAGAUAACCCACAACUCACGUGUUGGCACCACCACAUGAACUACCACAAAACCACAGCUCAGCCUGAAGCUGGCAGCUGGCACAGUUUCAGUGCUCUUGUUCAGAAACCUCCACGCACAUGGGAAAGGAUGAAGAUGCAAAUGAGGGAAGACAAGUGCAGGCUGAGAGAUGUCCACUCCCUUCCUUCUCCUACACCAUCCCUCUUCAUCGUCAUCACAAGAGGGACUCAAAUCUCAGUGCCUUGGUAUCACCAUCUCUCUAAUGGAAAUUCAACUGUUUCCCCUCCUGGAGGAAGGCUUAGUCCACUCAGAUUUUGGAAUACUUCAAGACCCUUGGAAGAAUAGAUGAGUUUGCUCUUCCCAUCCUUAACUUCUCCUAUCUUAAGGAAGAUGCACCCUUCAGAUAGCUCUGGCUGAGCUCUGUUGUCAUUGACACCACCUCCACAUAGCACAAACAACCACCAUGCUGGAGUCACUCCUCUGCUGAGGGCUGAGAUCAAUGCUGGGCAUUGUCACUGGCCUGGUCUCAGAGAAGACACUUGUUCUCAUAUCCAAAGACAAUGCAGCUCAUCACUGGGUUCGCAGCCAAGGGAGCAUUACAAAUGCUAAACACUGCUUUUUGAUUUUACCACACUGAAGCAGCUUUGUCUCAAGAAACAUCUUCCAGAUGGCAACAUAAAGCAUUCUUUGCAGUAGCUUAUAAUUCAGGCCAGUGUCUCUUUCUCUCAUGCUCCUGGAUUUUCUGACAUUACUCACAAGGGCUGCAGAGCUGAAGAAGGGCAUUAAGCAGGAAAUGCAGCCUCCUUGUCUAUACCACAUACUGGCACAUGAAAUCAUAGCUAACCCCAAGGUCAGGAAUAGAUAUAGGGUCCAACCCUUCCAGCUUACAAGUUACAGUCUGACCUGGAGGAAGCAACAACUCACGUGUAGAUGAGGCAUCUCUUCUUACUUCUCAUCAGCAUCAAACCAGGCAACAAGUCAACCAGUUGAGGAACAGGUCAGUCAGAGAGGCUGCAGAUGAUGGGAUCUCUUGCAGGACAUGGCCAGCGUCACUGAUGGCACCAUGUCACACCUCCUGAGCGGUCUGCUCUGUUUUAGGUUCCAAAUGCCAACAAAAAGCAGCAGAUAGAACUGAUUAAAAUGCAAGAAGCUUCCUAGUAGACCAGGAGAGUAAUAUUUUUCCCAACAUCACCAAGAGUUUAUAGAUAAGAAGUGUCCGAACAAAAGCACCAUAGUGCAGCAGUUACAACUAGGAGCAAAGAUGGGCAGUGGAUGGCAUUCAUCACCUGUCUCAGACGCUAUUGUUUGCUUAUCUACCCAGGUGAAAGGAAGUGGAAAAACGGGACCUCAUCAUUUGCAAUCAAGUGGAAGGCAAGAAACCUCUCUUUUCAAAAGUAUGAGUCAAACAGAAAAUCAAAACAUGCCAAGCUUUUCCAGCAGGUUCAAAAGAGGAUCCUUAAAAAGGCUGAUUAUUCUCUAAAUAGAUUUACUGACGUACAUCUCUCCCUCCCUGCUCAUGUCUGUCAUCCUUUUUAAAUCCUGUAACCAGGAUGAAAGGCUCCACUUGACACAACUCCAUCAUCAAGCCUGAAGGAUGCCCUUGGAGAUAAUAUCAGACCUUGCAGUGCCAUUAUAUACCAAUUCUGGUCCCUGAUCUCACACAUGGUACCAGGAUGUUGCCUUCCCAUUACCUUGGUGAAAUGCAGGUGCUAAAAUCUUCCAAAGGAAAGACUUCUACACAUCAUGGUUUUCUCCUGGUGAUAACCUAACUCAAGCUAAUGCAAACAAUCAGCAAUGACAACCCAGUCAUUUAGGCCAUUGACCCUUGUUCACAUUGCCCAUAUACAGAUGAAAUUUUCCAGAAAUUUAUUUUUCAUCAUUGCCUGAUGAUUUUCUUUGGACAAAGUUCCUGCCAGUGGUUUCAAGCAAGUUUUUACUCAACAUUGGUGCUACAAAAGAGCCAGCUGAUUAUGUGUCUUUUUACCCUCCAUCACUGGUUGAGCAAAACCUUUUUCUGAAUUCGUUCUCCAAGCAGAGAAAGUUUGUCCCUGCCUCCUACCAGUGUAGCACUAAGACUGAAUGAAAUCUUGACAACAGGCCUGAAAUUCUGAGAAACCCAGCCUGGAUCCUGCACAAUGCUUAUCUCAAGAGACUUUGGCUCCAGCACAUGAACCAUCGCUGGGUUCUGGUGGCUCCUCUGUCUUUCAGCUCGUAUGGCUCAGGCUUGCCCCAGGCCCCCAAAGUAACCUGAAGCUGUACCCAAACCACACUAUCCACUGAGAGAUGCCAACUCCCAUAACAUGAAGCAGAGAGAAGAACAUCAAGUCCUUCACCCAGCAGAACACUGCACAUGCCCAGGACCUCUGCAGACUUUCAAAGCCACCUCUUGUUUCUAACUCCAAAAUCCUGGAAGGAAACACCAAGGGACUUUCUUAUCUCUUGCCCAAUUUCUGUUUCCCUGUUUCCAUUCCUGUCAGACCUCCAAGCCCACCUUUCCACCACAGACUGCACUAAAACAUAACCAAAGGAGAAAAAAAGAAAAAAAAAAAGGCCUGAAAGGAGAAGCUGCUUUUAGUAAAGUGAUCCUCAAGACAGCAUUUAUAAAUUAAUAAUUUUGGGAAAGAAGGAGGCCAGGCCUUCCCCAAAGGUAGCUGGAUUUUGGCAGAAGGAUGCUGGAAGAGUGCCAGAGCCACACAAAGGUUGGGAAGAAGCCUUUGCUUCUACUGCUUAUCUUUGCAUUAAUUUACUAUGAGCAUCUCAAAGCCUAGUACCAGCCUAACUGCCCUCUUGCCUCAAUCUCUUACCUUCUUCCCAAAAACAUUGGGUGCAAAAAGUACAGCUCAGACACCUUCAUCCUCAGUGACAUGGCAGGUGAGGGCUCAGGUAGUGAUGUCCCUGAGCUGGGGUCACCCUGUGCCUGCAACAGGCUUAGAGUAACCUGCUGAAAAAGAGCAGGAGCCAAAAUACCCACAAGGUGCCAGCACAUGCCCUUUAACCAGAUCCAGAGAAGCCCUCAUGAUAUGUCCCCACCGUUACACUCUGGGAUGACCACGCACUCCCUGUCCUGUGCCCCCAAGCAAUGCCCACAAGCUUUGACCUUACCAGACACUGCCAACAAAGAGCUCUCACCUCAAAAAAACCUUUAAUUCAUGCUCACACCCACUAACAAAGAGCUCUGUCCUGGGGCCAAGCAAGAAGUCCAUCCCUGUUUCUGCCAAACAAGCACCUCAGGAUGGCAAUCAAACUCAACUGAGCCCCUUGGGGACCACCAGUACCUUCCAGGGUCAGCUUCCCCCUUCCUUAAACCCGAUGGUGCCCAGAUGGUGGUGGCAGCUUCUUGCCCCUUCCAGGGGGAAGGUUUGGGGUAAGGGAGAAGGAAAGUCUCUUUCCUGGGGAGCUGCUGAUGCCCAGGCCCAUCUCGGUACCCAGCCUGCAGCUCUCCAAGUGUCAAUGGUUUCUCAGAAGGAUGGUACCAAACAAACAAGCAGCCCCCUGUGCACAGGUGUUACCCUGGAAUUGUGUUCAUUACUUUAAAGAAAUUAAAAACCAUAAACAUGAAGGAAGAACGGAGGCAACGAAAUCCGUCGGACAGGUUCUGAUGAACUCAAACACAAACCAAUGCAACCAAAUGAGGGGGAAGAUAAAAGCAAAUAAAUGCAUAAAUAAAAUAAAUAAUAUAAAUAAAUAAUAUAUUAAACAACCCUCCCCACCCCGUAAUGAAAACGUAGCUCAGAGAAUGGGAUCGACGCUUGUUAACCAUUGUUAACUAGUAUUUUUAGUCCUGACCGCUCUUAGGCUAUGUAUAGUUCCUUUUUUUAAUGCAUUUUCUAUACAUUAAUAAAAGAUACCGAAGGAG